AUGCGGCGAUUUCUCACCAAUACAGCUCAGUCUAAUUCUAGAUCUGCGAUUGUCACCGGAGCAGGACGUGGGAUAGGAAGGGCGAUUGCUUUACGUCUUGCCCAAGAUGGAUUCGAUGUCUGUGUCAAUGACUUGGACGUGAACGCCGAGGACGUGGAUAACGUGGUCAAGGAAAUUCAAUUAUUGGGACGUUCUGGUGUUGCAUUCUGCGGCGAUGUUUCGUCGAUGGCCUCUGUCCAAGAAAUGAUAGCUACCUCCGUCACGGCUUUAGGACCCCUCAAUGUCAUGGUUGCCAAUGCGGGCAUCGCUCAGGUCGGUUGGCCAAUGGAUGUCACAGAAGCGGACAUGCGUAAGCUGUUCGAGGUGAACGUGUUUGGUGUCGUCAAUUCGAACAUCGCAGCGGGACAACAGUUUAUCAAACAAGGAACAAAAGGAAAAAUUUUGAACGCUGCGAGCGGUGUGUCAUUCAAAGCAGAUGCUUUGCUUCCCAUGUACAGCGCCAGUAAAGCCGCUGUACGAAGUCUUACCCAAUCUUUCGCCACUGAACUUGGGAGGCAUGGUAUCACCGUCAAUGGCUAUGCGCCAGGAAUCGUCCAGUCUGCUAUGUGGAAGCACAUUGACGCUGAACUGGGAAAGAUUAAUGGGCUGCCACAGGGUGAAAACUUCAACUCGUUCACGAAGAAUAUUGCUUUGAGGAGGACAAGCGUACCUGAAGAUGCGGCGAAGCUGGUGUCAUAUCUCGCUGGACCGGAUUCAGACUAUGUAACGGGUCAGACGAUCUUGGUAGACGGCGGGCUUGUUUUCAGCUAG